AUGCCCACCAACAACCUUCUGUCGUACGUCCGCACCCAAGUCACCGUCGAUGUCGACUCGAUGGACCCCACCGUGGCGGCACGUCACACCACGCCGACCGCGAAUUUCUGCGACAUGACAUCCAACCAGGCGAUCGUUUAUGGAGAGGCAGCGAAUUCAGAGCGCGCCGCACUAUUUAAGAACGCAUGUCAGCGCGUGAGGACGACUGGUGCCGACAUCGAAGAGCAGAUUAUCGAUGCGGUGGACGUGUUGACUGUCCUGCUUGCCAAGGAGGUAUAUCCGUAUUUGACCGGCCGUGUCCAUGUCCAGACCUCGCCGUCGACGGCGUACAAUACGCAAGCGACCAUCGCGCACGCAAAGAAACUGGUCGCCUUAUUCGAGGCCGAGGGCAUACCAGCUUCGAGAGUGUGCAUUAAGAUCCCUGCAACUCCUGAGUCUAUAGUGGCAUGUCAAUACCUUGAGAACCAUGGUGUCAGCACGCUCGCAACUUGUCUGUUCUCCGUCCCACAGGCUGUGGCAGCUUCCCAGGCUGGCUGUCUUUACGUAGCCCCAUAUUUCAACGAGCUCCGCGUACACUUCCAGGCUGGCGUGUGGAAGGAGUACAAGGACACCGCCAAGGAACACCCCAUGGCGUCCGUCAUCGACGCGAUCGUCAAGACGUUCAACCAGAUCAGCUCCAAGACCCUUGUGAUGCCCGCUAGUAUCGUGACGUCUGCAGAGGCUGUGGCUCUGGCGUCCCUUCGUCCUGACCAUCUUACCAUCUCUGACAUGUAUGCAGGUCCUGCCGUACACGACACCGACUUCCUGGCCAAUGACGCGGACGCGCUUCGUAAAGCGUUGGCGGCUGAUGCGGAGGCUACGCGCAAGCUGGCGGACGCGCUGAAAAUCUUCGACGAGAUGGAGCAAAAGACCAAAGAGCUUACACGCAAGGAGCUGACCGCCGCGUGA